GUUCAAACUUGUCGUCUUUUGCUUGUUGAGACUUACGUGCGUUUGCUCAUGGACAACAUUCAAGUGGCGGUGAGAGUUCGGCCUUUGAACGAGAGAGAACGACGAGAAAAAGCCUCCGUACAUUGGAACAUCGAUGGAAAUACAGUUCGAGAGAGCAGCGGCUGCUCAACCGUCUACACGUUCGACAGAAUUUUUUCCAUGGAUUCCACCAACGAACUGCUGUUUAAGGAAUUCGCUUCUCCAAUUGUGUCAUCUGUUGUUGAAGGUUUUCAUGGAACAAUUUUUGCAUACGGACAAACAGCGUCUGGGAAAACCUAUACAAUGAUGGGAGAGGCGGAUACAGCUGGCGUGAUUCCAUUAGCUCUGAGAGAGCUAUUCGGCGCGAUCAGCAGAAGUCCGACACGAGAAUUUUUGAUGCGUGUGUCCUACAUUGAGAUUUACAAUGAAGUAAUAACCGAUCUCCUUCAGCCAUCCAAGACACACUUGAAGAUCAAGGAAACUGCACAGAAGGAAGUGUUUGUAGAUGACUGUAGUGAAGAGUGCUUGAGUAACUAUGAUAUGGCCUUAGAUUUGAUUAGGAAAGGGGAGAAGAAUCGACACUUUGGAGAUACAAGUAUGAAUGAGAGGAGCAGUCGAUCCCACACUGUGUUUUCUGUGGUUGUUGAGAGUCGGGAGAAAGGUGGUGAAACGGAGGAUAAGGUGGUGAAAGUUGCAAAACUGAAUCUGGUAGACUUGGCUGGCAGUGAAAGGGUGCAUCAGACAGGUGCAGAAGGUAAUCGUCUCAAAGAAGGUGGGUAUAUUAACAGAAGUCUGUUUCAUCUUGCAAAUGUUAUUCAAAGCUUGAGUGAUCGUGAGAGUGGCUACAUUCCGUUCAGAGACAGCAAGCUGACAAGGAUACUGCAAACGUCGUUAGGAGGAAAUGCGAGAACACGAGUCAUAUGCACAAUUACUCCAGUGUCACUUGAAGAAACUCACAGUACCCUAAGGUUUGCAAUCAGAGCUAAGACUAUCAAGAACAAUGCUCAUGUUAAUGAGGUUUUGUCUGACGGGGCAUUGUUGAAGCGCUACCAGACGCAAAUAAAAGAGUUAAACAAACAACUGGAUGAGACUGGAAUUGGAAAACUGAAAUCGGAGAAUGAGCGAUUAGCAUUAGAGAACCAGCACUUGAGUCAAGAGAAAUCUCAAGAGCAAGCACAGCUGGAGCAGAAAGUUCAUCAGUUGGAAAGUUUUAUUCUAUCUUGUGGAAUCGAAAGGAAGAGUCAAAACCCUAAGGGAAGAGUCACAUCAAAAUCCAAGAAUGCUUUUAGACGCCAGACGCUGUGUCCUGCAAUGUUGAUGCACCGUACUGCUGAUGACAGUUUGGACUCCACUGAUGAAGAAGAUUUAGAGAGGUUGAAACGAGACAGAGCUUCUUCAUUACUUAGUAAAAAGGAAAUCCAGGACUUUGUAAAGGAAAUGUCACCAGAUGCUUCAAGUCCACUGUUAGAGGAAGGUAAGAUGGUCCAGCAUACAUUUACUUGCUCUGACAAAGAGAGCUCUGAGACUGCUCUUAAUGAGCAGUUGGUGGCUGAUCUUCACCAGGAGGUAAAAGUACUAAAAGCUGAGUUGGAUUUGAAAGACAGUGAAGUGUCAGAAACACUAGCUGAAUGGAAAGAACAAGCUCAAAAACUUUAUAUUGGAGAAAUGAAGAAGCUGGAAUCUGUCAUUGAAUCUCAGAAUGAACAGCUGGCUGUUCUGCAAGCUGAUAAGGAGCAGUGGAUGCAGGCAGCGGAAGAGAGUCAGAGGCAACAUGAGUGUUUUGAAGCAGAAAGGGAAUGUGAAAAACAGACUGUUGAAGAAACACACAAGACUGAGUUAGCUGAAGUAGAAAGAAAGCUAAGGAAAGUGCAGUCUGAUCUGGAAAUCGAGAGAAACGAAGCAAGAUCAAAAUUAAGUCAACUUCAAGAACGCCUCGAAUUGGAAUUAAAAACGAAAGAUGAACAAAUAGACCGCCUUGUGGUUGAAGCCCAAGAGACUGCCACUGAUACAAAGAGAGUUCGAAGUAAUUACGAUGAUCAGAUUCAACAAAUUCGGCAGUUGCUUAAGGAGAAAGAAGAUGAAUGUAAAGAGAUGACUGAGGUAGUAGCAAACAUGAGAGCUCAGAUGGAUCAAAGCAUGAGAGAAAGAGAACAGAUUGAAAAGGAAAUGUCAGAGGCAAGAGCCAGUCUGGAGAGUAUGAGAUUACAGGACAACAAGAAGGAAAUCGAGUUGAGUAAGAGACAGGCUAUUGGGAAGGAUCAGUUGAGCGAUAUUGAAGAUUUGAAACGGCAGCUAAAGGAUGCUCUUUCAUGCUGCAGCAGAAUGGAGGUGGAGAGAAGUGAAAUGUCAUCAAAGCUGGAGCUACUAAACGAACAGGCUGGGUUAGACAAAAAGGAGAAAGACAAACAAAUAGAUUACUUAAAAUGUCAAGUCCAACAAAGAGAAUGUGAAGUCAAAACAGCUCAAGAUGCUUUAGGCCAACAGCUAAAUGAGGCUUUGAGUUUGGCAACUGUAAAGAGAAAAAGCCUGGAAGAGUCGAUAAGCUUUCUUAGCGAAGAACGAAGUAUUUUAGAGACAGAACUUCAGCAGGCAAAGAAUGACUUGGAAAAUGUCACGGAAAAGGCAAACAAUCCGUUGUCGGUGAGACAAGAAGAAUAUGAUGUCAUUUGUCAGCAGAUGGCAGAGUUGGAAUUGAAAAACAUAGAUAUGAGAGGAGAGCUGGAAGAAAAGGAGAUACUGAUAGAAAAGCUUGAGGCAAUGAAGGUAGUCGGACUUAGACAAUAUGACAGCGUCAAAGCUCAGUUGGAAAAAGUCAGCUUAGAGCUGCAAUCUGUCAUGAAUCAGGCAGAAAUUACAACACAGGAAUGUCAAGAGAGAGAAAAUCAUAUUUUGAAUGAUAACCAGACUUUGAAAGAACAACUUGUAGAUGCCAGGAAACAGACAGAAGAACUUUCAGCCUGUCAAGAAAGAAUGAAAGAUGAAUUGGAUGAAUUGAAAUUGAAAAGAAAGCAAGAGCAGCGUUUUGAAGCAGAGAGGGAAUGUGAAAAACGGACUAUUGAGGAAAGACACACGACUGAGUUAGUUGAAGUAGAAAGAAAGCUAAGGGAAGUGCAGUCUGAUUCGGAAAUGGAGAAAAACGAGGCAAGAUCAAAAUUGAGCCAACUUCAAGAACACUUCAAAUUGGAACUAAAAAUGAAAAAUGAACAAAUAGAUCGUCUUGUAGUUGAAGCCCAAGAGACUGCCAUUGAUACGAAAAGAGCUCGAAGUAAUUGUGAUGAUCAGAUUCAACAAACUUGUCAAUUGCUUCAGAAGAAAGAAGAUGAAUGUAAAGAGAUGGCUGAGUUAGUAGCAAACAUGAGAUCUCAGAUGGAUCAAAGCAUGAGAGAAAGAGAGCAGAUUGAAAGAGAAAUGUCAGAGGCAAAAGCCAGUCUAGAGAGUAUGACAUUACGGAACAACAAGAAGGUGGUGGAAAGUCAGCGGCAUGAGCAAGUGAAAGCUCAACUAGAGAAAACCAAAUUGGAACUAGAAUCUCUCAAUAGCCAGGUGACUGUCAACAAACAAGAAUGGCAGAAAAGACAAACUCAUCUGUUAAAUCAGAAUGAGUCACUGAUGCAACAACUGGCAGAUGCUAGAAAGAAAAUUGAGGAGCGUUCAACAAAUCAGACAGAAGCAGAAGUGUCAUUGCAGAAUGAGAAAGUUAAAAAGCUGGAGGAAGAAAACACAAAGUUACAGAAUAAGACACAGAGAUUACUGAAGGAUCGCGAAAGGAUCAAUCGAGUGUGUGUUACUAUGGACGAUGAAUUGGAGGAAUUCAAACUACAAGAAGAAGAAAAACGAAAUCAGCUUGAAACUAAACUGUCCAAGGCAACUGAAGAGUUGCACGAAAAGAUGAAAGACAACAGAGCACUGAAGGAACAGCUGAAAGCGUAUGAAAGGUCCAACCGUGGGAAAGGAGAAAGGGAAAAAUUAGUGGCCGGAGACUGGCAAAGCAAUGCCUCUGAAGCUGCUGCUUAUGCUCUAAGAUUACAGAGAGACAAACUAACAAUAGAACUGGAGGAAGAAAAGAAAAAAUGUGAGAAAUCGGAGAGGAAAUUAUUGAGGACAGAGCACGAGCUAAAGAAACUAAUGAAACGAGAGAGAGAGCUCGAGGAAGAGAGGUUGACAUUGAAGCGACAACUGAAUUCAAAAGAUGGCAGAGGAAGUGGUAGUACUACAAGAGAAUGUUCUGCCAAACGGGCAGGUGCUGGUUUUGUCUCGAGUCUUAGUCCUUUGUCUGCAAAGAAUGAAGAUAUAAGGAAAGGCGACAAAAAUGAAAAUGACAAAGAAUGUGUGCUUUCAGGACAAGAGCUAUUGGCGAAAAGCAAUAGCAAGCCUGAUGCAGUAGACAAAUGUCAGACCCAGUGAUUAUUUCUGUAUUUGUUGUAGUAACAACUUGUUUCUGUUGCAUUGAGUUUGCUUAGCAGCAGUUGAACGUUAUCUAUAUAAUAAUACGCGAACGCUCGGGAA